AUGGCAUCGAUGGUGCUCCCGCAGUUAGACGGAUACGCAGAGAAUCGCAGAGCCAAGAAGAACGCUCAUAAGAAGAAAAAGAAGAAGCAGAAUAAGAAGAAGCAGGCGUUGCAGGGUGACUCUAAUGCUCCGAGUUGCAGCGAGUCCCCUCCGUCGUACAAGAGUACAGCUGGCGAUGCUGUUGCCGCCCAGUCGCGCGUUCCAUCUUCUCUGGAUACGCUGCGCCUCCCACUGGUUGUUGAUGGAGCGUCCUGGGGAACGAAACAUGGCCAGAUUCAGAGUCAAUAUGCCUGCGGUGUUAAUUAUCCCGCUUCGCACUCCUACCAUGAUACCUUGUUUGUCACACAAACCUCCGCUGCACCUUUGCAUUCCCCUUCUAUUGCAGCAACCACUGAAGAGACAAUCCGCGCUUCGAGUGUGCAGAGUGGCAUCCCCGGGGACGUAAGCCAUUCCUCCUUGGCCAUCAAGGAGCUGCCGUAUUGCCAGGUUCAUGGAACCGCAACCUGUCGAUUCGAUCCUGCAUGCUGUGUUCACAAGGCCCAGGCCGAUUGCGACUGCCCGCGUCGGCACUCGUGCUGCUGUGUUCAUCAUGCUGGAGAUUGUUGUACCUGCGUGUACACCCCGCGGAGCGGAUAUGUUAAUGGAGCUUACAGCUUGAUCGGCCAUGAUUUGCCAUCGUAUGCGCUGCACCCUGUCUCUAAGAACGGAGAGGUAGUUUUAUCGGACCCAAGCCGCGUUUCUAAGAACUGGCUGUUGAAGGAUGACGGAACGAGCUCUAAGGAUGUCACUGAAAAUGGAGAAUGGCAUAGCCUGGAAGCUGAUCAUAUCCCGCAACUAGUCGUAAAGAAACAUCCUGACCCCGUUACGGCGUAUGACGACGGACCUCUCGCGGCGUACGUUCUUCGCCUCUAUGACAGCGCGGAAUUUCACGACUGCCGGAUCCUAUUGAAGUCUGGCAAAGACAACUUCCCACCGAUCACCAUCCGCACGCACAAGGUGUUGAUCGCCCGUAGUCCUCUUCUCGCCUCGAUUAUGAAGUCACCUGCAGCAAAGCAGGAUAUACCCGAAAUAGUAGCAAUGGCUGGAGAGAACUUCCUGUUGGUCAAGGCGUUUGGGAUUGCGCUUCAGAGUUUAUACGGGUUGGCCCUCUUAAACCAGAAACGGCUCAGAUCCAUGACACUCUUCAGUCUGGGAUAUACCGAAGAGAGUAUCAAAUCGUCUCCAUACCCGAUCAAUACGGCACUGGCGGAUUUUGCCCUGUGCUACGCCAGCUCUGGGGCUUUCCUUCAACGGCGGGACAUUGUCGAAACGGGUAUCAAGCUGAUUGUGGAAGUCAUAAAUUGGGACAACAUCGAGCUGAUCUUCUACUUUGGCUUCUGCAUGUCUAAGUUUCUCAUCACGGCGCCUCAGAUGGCAGAGCUUGAGAAAUCCUCAGCCGAUCAGCCAGCCACCGAUAACCAGGGACCACCAAAUAGGCUCCACGGCGCCAAUGACGAACUCCAGACCAGAUGGGCCACGCAUCUGUUGACCGCCGCGCUGGAUUUCGUCGUCAACCGUAUGGAAGCCGACUUUACAUUAUUCCCUCAGGCCCACUGCAAAGGCAUGCCAGACCGGAUUCCCGAAUACCUACACUCCUCUCCGACGCUUUCUCUCCCCAAACUGGCAGAGGUCAAGUUCGGUUCGUUCGCAGCUCUCGAAGAACAGAAGCAAAGCCCCCAGAUUGUAGCCACGUCAGCCGUCCUCGUCUGCCUGCCCUUCCAGCACUUGAAAGAAGCUUUUGUCAAGAUGAACGCACGCGGUAUCUUGUCCAGUACGUUGGCCCAGGCGAUCUUGUUAGAGCGGGAGCAACGACGGGUUCAGGCCCUGCGUGCGUUUGCUCGGCUGCGCGCCCAGAACAGCGAGCAGGAGAUCCCAGCGGAGAUAAUCGAGCUGGGGUUUCGGGAGUUCUUUACGUCGAGGAAUGUUUUCUCGGAGGAGGACUCGUCUUCCGCGUCUUUGGAAAUUUCUUUGGAAAGGGAAUGGUUUGGGUUGGCUGGUGGGGAGGUGGUUAUCAAGCACAGAGUGAUCAAAAAGGCGAAGGAGUAG